GGGAAGGAGCCGAGGGAUUCGAAUCCGGGAGGCGACGAGGCGUGGCGGGAGGAGGCGCUCGCUCGGCGGCGAUGCUGAGGACGAAGACCCCGCGGCCGCGCGGCGGGAAGUCCCGCCGGGCGACUGCUGCUGCUGCUGCGGGGGUGGGGAAGGAGAGGGAGGGGAGGUCGCCGUCGGGGGAGCUGUCGCUGCAGCUGGAGCACGUCUCCCUCUUCUCCUUCCUCGCCGACCGCCCCCUCGGCGCCGCCGCCGCGGCGGCGCGCACGCCCUUCGAGGAGCUGCUGGAGGGGUCGUACGACCCGACGCCGCCCCCGCCCCCGCCACCGCUUCCUCUUCCGCUUCAGGCGGAGGCCACGCCGAUGGACGCCGACGAGGUCGUGGAGGAGAAGGACUGCGGCAUCCUCAGCCAGGAUUUCUUCUGUACCCCGGAUUACAUCACGCCGGAUGCGCCGCAGCUCGCUAGCGGAUUCGACGCCAAUAAGGAGAAUAUCCCUUGCCCCAAUUCUCCGGAGAAAUCAGUCUGCAGGAGCAAGAGAUACAAGAGAGAUUGUUCCCCCAAAGCCUUCGGCUCCACUGACAUUUUUGACAACCAGUGGAUUGCCCCAGUCCAGUUUGACGGCUUAGGUGAUUCAGAGGAAGAACAGUUGCAGGAAUCUAAUUCACACAAGAGAGGUAGCUAUGUCUCCCAAUCAGCAGUGGCUCUCCGCUGCCGGGUGAUGCCUCCACCAUGCAUCAGGAAUCCAUACCUCAAUACAGGCCCUCAAAUAGAUGAUAAUGUUUUCGGAGGGAGACAAUGCAAAUCAUCAGGGUUUUCUCCUUCAGUUGGUGGUGAUGGUCUUUCACGUUACCGAACUGAUUUCCAUGAGAUUGAGCAAAUUGGACGGGGAAACUUUAGUGUUGUGUUCAAAGUUCUGAAGAGGAUAGAUGGCUGCUUAUAUGCAGUAAAACGGAGUAUCAGGCAACUGCAUAAUGACAGGGAAAGGAGGCAAGCAGUGAAGGAGGUCCAAGCUUUGGCAGCCUUAGGAUCCCAUGAGAACAUAGUUGGAUAUUUCACUUCUUGGUUUGAGAACAAACAGCUCUAUAUUCAAAUGGAACUGUGUGAUCGCUGCCUGUCCAUGGAUAGAAGUCAGCCAUUGAAGUGUGGGGAAGCCCUAGAACUGCUGUACCAGAUCUGCAAAGGCUUGGACUUCAUUCAUGAACGUGGUGUUGCACACCUCGAUGUGAAGCCAGAUAACAUAUAUGUCAGAAAUGGUGUUUAUAAGCUUGGAGAUUUUGGUUGUGCUACACUUAUUGAUCGGAGUUUAGCAAUUGAAGAUGGAGAUUCCCGUUAUAUGCCUCCAGAGAUGCUGAACGAUAGGUAUGAGCAUCUUGACAAGGUGGAUAUCUUUUCUCUUGGGGCAGCUACCUAUGAGCUUAUAAGAGGAACCCCACUUCCUGAUUCUGGACCUCAGUUCACAAGUCUCCGAGAGGGAAAAAUUGCUUUACUUCCAGGAUGCCCAAUGCAAUUUCAGAGUUUAAUAAAGUCCAUGAUGGAUCCUGAUCCAGUGAGGCGGCCUUCUGCAAAAGGCAUCCUGAGACAACCCAUCUUUGAGAAGCUUCACAAGGCCCCAGCGAAGAAAUAGACUGCGGCAUCCGUCUGAUCCCGGCAGUGUGAUGCUGUGUCCAAACUCAAUCAGCUGCUGCCAAAUUUUGUACAUCCACCAAGAGAACUCCCCAAAUAUUGUGAACUACUUGUCUCCAGAUAGGCAGAUUCUGUGCACUUGUGCCUGGCCCAAUAUGAUUUUGUAUAGGGAAUAUGAACACCAAGCAUUGAUCUGAUUUCUUUGCCGGGAAUUUGAGCAAUGUUUGUAAGUUAUGGAUAUUGUCUAGCCAAGUGGCUUUGGCUCCUGACGUUUUUCUCGUGCCGAGUUUGUCAUGGAAGGAUGGGGCAUCUGCCGUUCUAAGCAUGCUCAACGCCUGUUCGUGGCUUGUUUUUCUUUGGAUUUGUGCAUAAUAAUUUGGUUGAAUGCUAUUUGAUAUCGAA